AUGCUGGCACAUGCACGGUUGGAUGGGAGAACGCCGGGGCAGCGCGCCAGCGCUCAGGGAGCCCCGUACGGCGGCGAGAACAUCGCGGCCGGGAAUGCAGACCCGCAAGCCGUUCUCUGGGCGAUGUGCGUGACUCUGUCCAUCCUUCAUAUGGACCAUCAUGACCCAGGCUGGGUGCACCCGGUAGCUGUGGGCUGGGGACAGCCAAGUAGACCGGCGUCGGACCGCGAUAGGCCCGAUAGUGGGACCAUUGUUGGAGCCCGGGAUAUCGGGAUGUGA